UCUCAAGUUCACGUCGAACUGUAUCGUACCGGUUGGGAAUUGUUACAAUAACUAUUUUAUUUGCAUAAAACUUUAGAUCAAAGCCAAUCGUUACUUCCCUGCUAUUUCGACACAUAAAUCCCUUAACAUGGCUGACGUAGAAAACAAGAAAGAUCUCGUUGAAGACGGAAAAAACAAAAUGAAUGUUAAAUGCAAAUUCUGCAGUUCUAAAAUUCUAGACAAGAAAUCUGCGAAUUAUAUCACGCAAGAGAUGGCUCUGCCUCUAAUGCAGCAAGACAACAACCGUAAGGAGGGCGAGAUACAGAACGAAACAGUGAACGAGUUCUACCACGUAGAAAACAUGUAUACAUUUGAAAAUAUUGGUUUUACACACACCGUUGACAAUUACAAAUACCUGAGCUGCGCAGACUGCGACGCUGGGCCGGUGGGCUACUAUGACAUGAAUACCAAGCAUAGCUACGUGGCGUUGUCAAGAAUUGUACAUUCCUAGAUAGUUCUUGAUUUAGAUUAGAUGCUAAUAUUAUUAUAAUCUUGAAAUUGAUGGAAAGGGAAAGAUAUCAAGAGUAUGCUUGUAAUUGAAGCUUGUACAUGUGAUUCUGGUUGUUGUGAAGGAUAUUUUUUCUGUGGCCACUUUUUUUUAUGGAACUAGCAACUAGAUUACCUAUUUUAAUGCAACUUAUGCUGACCUGAUAAAUUGCAGAUUAAAUAUUAACUCUAUAAACUAAGAUAAAAUAAUACUUUACAAUAAAUACUAAUUAUUUAAAGAGUUCAUAUUUACAAGCAGUCAAAUUUUAAAAACAAUCUAAUAAAAAUGGCAAAGAUUUUUGCAUAAAAUGCACCUACAUUAUAUUGUGUUGGAUAUCCAAUCAACCCCAAAAAUACAUCAUGGCUUAUGAAUAUGAAUAUAAAAUAAUGACAGUGGUACCAUACAGAUACUCUAAUCCAUUUUAUUUUCUUUUGAAAAUGUAGAUCUUUUUGAAUUGAAGCCAAAUCGUUGUGACAGUUCUGAAAUGUCAAGGCAAAUAUUUCCUGCCACCUUUAGGGCUCAUUUAUAUGGUGCGAGAACUCGCAUGCGAGUUUCAUUACACUGUGUUAUUUGAUUGGUCGGCUGAAUUGAUAUAACUUUAACGGUUUGCAAUGUAACUAAAAUUGCAUGCAAGUUCGCAAGCCGUCUAUAAGAGCCCUUAUUAUUCAAUUGCACUAAUGUCUUUCAGACAUUUACUGAGACUUUCCAAUUUGCUCAUAAGUUCAACAAUUAUUAAUAGUUAGGUUAUCAACUGCUUUGGUAUUUUGUGCGGAGCACGAUUUGAGCUUAUUGCUUACUGAUAAAUAUAAUUUUUGUAUGUUUUUC